GUGGCGCUCUGGCCCAAUCUGGCAACGCUGUCCACAUCCCCCACCAGAAGAGUCUAGUUCAAGUUGCAGGAUUGUUUCCGAUCCCAUUAUUCUUUUGAUUUUGGGUAUUGACACAAUGUUAUAGUUGAUGUUAUUCUCUGAAAGCGAUUGACCCGGAAACAAUGUCCGCUUGGUCCAUCACACCGUUAACGUUUCCACAAUUUGAUGUGGGACCAAGGAAAAUUCGCUUUAUUUACUUUGCAAAUCCAACAUCUUUCCGGCUCACACGUUGUCCGAAGAAGAGUGCAUUGGUUCCUCUCUACUUGGGUGCAGAUAUCUUCUCAAACACAGAUAUCCGCGUGGAGAAUCACCCCAGAUACCACGCCAAGUUUGCAAAGAAAGGUUAUGCCACAAAACUGAUCUUUUCACCAGCAUUCAGGUUUGAUGGACUGAGAGUCCCGACCACCACCAACAGCCUCUGGUUCUACAGCAUUCAAGGCCUUUUUCGAGUAGCUUUUGAAUUAUAUAGUAAGCAAGAACAGCUCACUGUGAUGGAUAAGUUACAGGAUGUCUGGAAAUCCCAGAUAAAUGACAGUCCUUUGGAAUUGAAUUACAACAUCAGUAUCCGGCUUGACUCUGAAGUGGGCGAUAGCAUCCCUGAAAUGGAUGAAGAACCCAAUGAGGAAUCUUUAAAUCCCCACCAGAGUCGGGUGGUUGAAGAAUCGGCGGAUGCCAGUCAAACGGACCCAGGUUCCUCUGGCGAUACCUCAGCAGAUCAUAAUUACUGUUCCUUAGAGGAGCAGAGCUUCGAGACGCAGCUAAAAUCCAUCCAGACCACGUUGUCCUCCCUCAAAUUGAGACUACAGAGCUUGGAGAAAAAACGAUGUUCUGAAGACAAUGCCGACUGCACUCAGAAGUUCAAGACUGCUUUGUUACUCCUGGACAGCAUUGACGGGUGUUUAGAUGGGAACCUGGAGGAAAAACAUCUAACACAGGCUGUGCUAACCCUGCUAGGAACAGUGUGUGGGGGUUCUGUGUAUUCCAGCCAUUUACUUAACUCUGUAGCGCGCUGGCUCGGCCAGCGGUUUCACGGUGCCAACAGCUGCAUCAGCCAAAAGGUGGAGAGCUUUAAAGUGGAGCAUAUUGAGCGCAUCACCGACCUGCCGCCUGCAGAUCAACUGGCCACAGAGCUCUUCCCAGAGGCCAUGCAGACGCUGAUGCUCCACUGGAUGGGUCUGAGCGACGAGGCCCACCAGGCGAAGAGGCACAGCGAGUAUCCCAUCCUGCUCCUCAUCCUUGAGUUCGCAAACCACAACCUCAUAACCGGUGCAGCGCACGUGCUUUACUCCAGCCUUAUAUGUAGAUGAGGGACUGAACUGUUGGAACAGGAAGUAAUGCUGGGUUUAUUAAAAGGUUCAUGACUGUAUAAAGUUA